AUGGCCAUGGAUUUGAAUGAUAUCCACGAUACAUUGGUCUCAUUGGCCCAUCAGGCUGGCGAGAUCAUUAACAAUGCGCUGCCCGAGACGAGUGGAACUGGCUCUAAGAAGAACACUGCCGAUCUAGUCACCGAAUAUGACCGUGCGGUCGAAAAGAUGAUCUCCACUUCGCUCAUGGAGAAAUACCCCGACUAUAAAUUCCACGGGGAAGAAACUUAUGACCCCAAUACUCCACUAACUGAUGCGCCCACCUUCAUCGUGGAUCCAAUUGAUGGCACCGUGAAUUUCAUUCACAGCUUCCCACACGCCUGUGUCGCACUCGGGUUUGCAGUAAAUCGAGUUCCAGUCGUGGGCGUAGUCUACAACCCCUUCACUAAGGCCUUGUACUCCGCUAUCAAGGGCCAAGGAGCGUUCUUGAACCGGGAAACUCGUCUGCCCUGGAAAGGAGAGAAUGUAGAGCCUCUUUCAGGCCUGUCCAAUGCCCUCAUUAGUAUUGAAUGGGGCUCUGAUCGUGGUGGUCCAAACUGGGAUACUAAAGUUCGCACCUUUGCGCAAUUGGGUCAGUCAAAAGAAAAUGGGGGCGCGAUGGUGCGUUCUAUGCGCAGUCUCGGCUCGGCGGCACUGAAUAUGUGUGCUGUUGCGGAGGGAACGAUGGAUCUGUACUGGGAAGGAGGUUGUUGGGAGUGGGAUGUUUGUGCCGCUUGGGUUAUUCUUACUGAGGCGGGAGGUAUUGUCGUUGAUGGCAACCCGGGUAAUUGGGAUCCUCGUCUAGAUGGAAGAAAGUAUCUUGCUGUGAGGGGAGCUCCGGAGAAAGGUCAGAAGGAGAUUGUUGAGGAAUUCUGGAGUAAUAUUCAGGGUUGUCUGGACUAUUAA